GGGAGAGCUGAGGCGCCCAUGCCUGUUAUCUGCUGAGCGCCUACCUACAAUUUCUACAGGAUCUGGAUCCUCCGCUGCUGCGCUCCUCCACAGCGAUGCGGAGUAGGCGGGUCAAGUCGGAAAAAACGGCGCUGGGGCGGAAUUCGCAACGGGAUAUUUAACAGUCUUCGUGGGGCGACUGUCCGCGUCCCGGUAGCCGCAUUCCGUCGCAUCUGUCUGACGCCGGACUCCGGCGGUUUGUGUCUGAAAGAAUUGCGCCAAGGCGCCUUUUUAAUCUUCUGAUCAUCAGCUUCUUUGCGCUCCGUGAGUCUCUCUCCACCUCCUCUCUCCUCCUCCUCCUCGGCUCUUCUCUUGACUACAUCUCCUGCCGGAUGAUUUCAUUUUGUAAAGUCAUUAUCCCCAGAAAGGUCAAAGCUUCUCCUUCUAGGAACGCAGAAUUACUCUGGGAUAAGCCGACUGUCACCCCAAGCGCAUCCCGACCGCUUCCUCAAAGUUUCUCACUGGUGUAGAACCGUGCGUCGGAUUUGUCCGGAGCAGCCUUCCUCACCAAUCACUUUUACCUCUUUUCGGAUCCCUGAGUGUGUACGGGUGUUUUUUUUUUUUUUUUUUUUUUUUUGGAGUGCUGUUUCUGUUUUUUUCUUUUCUUUUCUCCACGGAGUUCCUACUGAGCCCCGACAAACUGUGAAAUGAGUUUCUCUCCAAUUUCGGCAAUUGAGAGCCAUCGAGAUUCAGACAGAAAAUGGGAAAUACUGAGUUAAACUUUAUCUGCUGUUCCAAACCGCGGUGUUCGGGGGGCGUUGAGGUGAUGCAGGUCCCCCGGUCAUCCCAGUGGAGGAGCCAGUUAAUGAUGAGUGUCUCUGGCUGCUGAACGCCCCCCUCCCACCGCCACCACCACCACCACCACCACCACCACCACCCUCGUCCCUCCUCCCCUCCCUCCAUCUCUGAUGGCUCUAUGGGGCGUCGUCAGCCUCAGCCUUCACUGCUGGGUGUGUUUACGGUCCGGUGUAACGGCAACGGCGGCGACAGCCAGCCUCCCCAAUGACAAACCCGGGGGACCUCUGGACUGGCUCCUGUCUGAUAAGGGGCCCUUCCAUCACUCCCCUGAGUACAUCGACUUUGUGGAGAAGAACCGGCAAGGCUUCUCCACCAGAUACAAGAUAUAUAGGGAGUUUGGGAGAUGGAAGGUGAACAACUUGGCAGUGGAAAGGAGAGAUUUCCUGGAGUCUCCGUUACCUUUGACCCCUGAGUUCAUCAGGAACAUUCGACUCCUGGGCCGCCGGCCCGCCACCCAGAUGAUCACUGACAACCUGAUCAGGAAAUAUGGAACUCACUUCCUGUUGUCAGCUACACUGGGAGGAGAAGAGGCCUUAACAAUAUUUGUGGAUAAGAGGAAACUGAGUAAGAAAGCAGAGGUGAGCGACUACUCGGGUAACUCCUCCACUGUGACUCUGGAAGCUCUGCACCAGCUGGCUGCCUCCUACUUCAUCGACAGGGAGAGCACUCUGCGCAAGCUGCACCACAUCCAGAUCGCCUCCACUGCCAUCAAGGUGACAGAGACACGAACUGGUCCUCUUGGUUGCAGUAACUAUGACAACCUUGACUCUGUCAGCUCUGUGCUGGUUCAGAGCCCUGAAAAUAAAGUCCAGCUGCAAGGCUUGCAAGUGAUCCUUCCAGACUACUUGAGAGAAAGUUUUGUGCAGGCUGCUCUGAGCUACAUAGCCUGCAAUGGAGAGGGUGAGUUUGUCUGCAAGGACAAUGACUGCUGGUGCAGCUGUGACCCCAAGUUCCCAGAAUGCAACUGCCCCUAUAUGGACAUCCAAGCCAUGGAGGAGAGCCUGGAGAGGAUCACAGAGACAUGGGGGUUGCUCUAUAAAGAAUUUGAAGAAUCAGAUGAAUUCAAAGCCUUCUAUGCAAGGCUGCCUCAGAACUAUUUCCUGAACGUGUCAACCAUACAACACUUGUGGUCCUUGGACAGCCUGUUCCAGUGGCGAUAUGAACAGUUGGAGAACAGCAUGCGGGUCCUCUCCAGACGAGCCCAGAGAGUCAUCUUCAAGCUCUUCAGCCUCAGUAAAAGAUGUCACCGACAGCCCCAAGUCCGCAUACCAAGAGAACGGCCUCAGUCCUACUGGCUGAGCCACUUCCAGUCUCUCCUGUAUUGCUCAGAGAACAACCAGCUUGGUACAUUCUCAGAGGAGCUCCACAGCUGCAGCUGCCGGUACGAACACAGCCCCUGUCAACUGCCUCCGCCCUGCUCCGUCGGGGAAGGCUCGGCCUGUGCGGCAUGUGCACCAGACAACCACACCCGCUGUGGGAGCUGCAACCCGGGCUUCGCUCUGACGCAGGGAGCCUGCAGGCCGAUGGUGGCAGACUCCACGGAGAACUACCUCGGGUUUGAAACAGACCUCCAGGAUUUGGAGUUGGGCUACCUACUGCAGAGAGCUGACCGCAGGCUAGAGGUUCAUGCAAUCUUCAUCAGUAAUGACAUGCGACUCAAUAGCUGGUUUGACCCAUCAUGGAGAAAGCGGAUGCUGCUGACGCUGAAGAGCAACAAGUAUAAGUCCAACAUGGUCCACAUGCUGCUGGGAAUAUCCCUCCAGAUCUGCCUUACAAAGAACAGCACCCUGGAGCCUGUCCUUACUCUCUACAUCAACCCUUUUGGAGGGAGCCACUCAGAGAGUUGGUACAUCCCUGUGAAUGAGAACAGCUUUCCAGACUGGCAGGCCACCAAACUGGACCUGCCCUUUGAGUGCUACAACUGGACUCUGACAUUGGGCAACAAGUGGAAGACAUUCUUUGAAACCAUCCACAUCUACCUUCGCAGCAGGAUAAAGACCCAGGAUGGAGUGAAUGACAGUGUUUAUUAUGAGCCUUUGGAAAUGACAGAUCCUGCUCGGAACCUGGGCUACAUGAAGAUCAACAGCAUCCAGGUGUUUGGCUACAGCAUGCACUUUGACCCGGAGGCGAUCCGUGACUUGAUUCUGCAGUUGGACUACCCCUACACUCAAGGUUCCCAGGACACAGCCAUGCUCCAGCUGUUGGAAAUACGAGACCGAGUCAAUCGGCUGUCCCCUCCCGGUCAGCAGAGGUUGGACCUGUUUGCCUGUCUUCUCCGGCACAGGCUCAAACUGACUGCCAGCGAAGUGGUUCGCAUUUAUGCCUCCUUACAGGCCUUCAGCUCACGCCUGCCCAAUUCAAUGGAUUACGAGACCACCAAGCUGUGCAGUUAACAGCUGCUCGAAUGAGAGAUCUGGACUGUAAACGGCUACGAGGAGAACUUUGGGACAUAAGAAUUGUGCCCACGAUGGUACAGAUGCUUACAUUUGUGCUCAGUCUCUGUGGAUUACCAAACUCUGUGGUUAAUCAGGAGACAACCAGCUGUGGACAGCUGAAGAAUGUACUCAUCUGGUUGUUUUGGUUUUUGUUUUGUGGCUACUACCUUCAGUGCUAUAUUAUAAAGAUGGGGUGGAUCAGUGAGGAAAUGCACAAAUGUUUCUCCAGAACAAACUGCAACAAAAAGAAUUCUACAGUAGAAAUAUAUCAGAUACCGCUACAUAAAGUUGAACCAUCCUGUUUCAAUAUGACUGCUCAUUUAUACUGUAAGUACCAAUGCCAAAUGAAUGGACAUUUUAUGGUGAAAAUGGUACAGUCUGUUUGUUUGUAAUUUUUAUAUGUUCCUUUGCUUUAGUGACAGUGCACUUUCCAUGAAGACCAGAAUACAGUGGUGUCAGUCAAGAUUUUGUAGAUAAAUUGGUAUUAAAACAUCAUGUUAUAACAGAA